AUGCCUCCACCUCCAUCCUCGAUAUCGCCACAGAACGGAUCGGCCAGUGCUUCAGGAGCCCAGUCGAGGCACAAGUCGGCUGGCGGCGUCCUCCCGCAUAAACGACCACCGUCCGAAAGCAGGCCGUCCACCCAAGACUCCAAACGCCUCAAGGACAACGUCGCCCCGAGCCCCGCGGCUGCUCUCAGGAUGAGCAAAGUCCAGGGCAAACGACCCGAACCCGUCGAUCUGAUCGACCUGACCAAACCCUCCGGUCCCUCCGGUCCCUCUCUCCCCCAGCGCGGCACAAAGAAGCUCGUCAUCAAGAACCUGCGGACCGCCUCCAGGACGAGCGACCUCGAGGACUUCUACCGGAAGACAUGGGCCGAUUUAGACGCAGCCUUGAAGGCAUUCUUUGCCAGGCAGCUGCCGAACAAGCCGCUCGAAACCAUAUAUAGGGGUGUAGAGAACAUCUGCAUGCGCGGGGAGCCAGAGUCGAGAAAGCUGUACGAAUUUCUGAGGCAAAAAUGUGAGGCGUACCUGAACGAGGAUAUGGCAAAGGCCAUCAAGAGCCAAGCCGGGGCCUCCAACAUCGAAGUUCUGCGCAGUGUUCACAAAUACUGGGUGAUCUGGGGCCAACAAUCGGCUAUGAUUAGAUCCACCUUCAGUUUCCUCGACAGGACAUUUCUCUUGAAGUUCAAGGACCUGCAAAUGAUCAAUGACAUGGCAAUAACCCUAUUCAGGAGGAUGGUUUUCCUGUCUUCCAAAUUCGGCCCAACCGUUCUGGCAGGUAUGUGCGAUCUCAUCGACUACGAUCGGAGGGGAGAUUCCCGUUUUGAUGCCUCGUUACUGCGUGAGUCUGUGUCGAUGCUUCACGUGCUCAACAUCUACGGCAAGUCAUUCGAGCCUCGCUUUCUGGAGACGUCCAGGGCCUACUUCGAAGAAUUUGCGGAGGAGCAAAGCGCAUCGUCGUUGAAGUCGUAUAUCUCUGCUUGCAAGCGAUUGCUGGCUGCGGAAGACUUCAGAUGCAACGCCUACAAUUUUGACAGUUUAUCGAAGCGGCAACUUAUGCUUGACGCCCACACCUUGUUGAUUGAAAGCUACUCCGAAAAGCUGCUCGACAGCGGCAGCGUAAGCAAGUUACUGGAUGAACAAGAUGUUGAGUCCAUGCAGGCGUUAUACGAGCUAUUGCGGCUGUCGGCCAUACAGAAGCGGCUAAGGGGUCCGUGGGAAGAGUAUAUAAGAAAGGCAGGCGCCGCUAUCGUCAACGAUACUGACAGGGGGGAUGAAAUGGUGGUUCGGCUGCUCGAGUUCCGAAGAGCCUUGGACAUCAUGGUGCGGGAUGCCUUCAACCAAGACGAAGAUUUCACAUACGGCCUGAGAGAGGCAUUUGGAGGCUUCAUCAAUGACAAGAAGAUCCUAUCUGCCUGGAAGACCGGAACUUCCAAGGUGGGCGAGAUGAUAGCCAAGUAUAUCGACUUGUUGCUUAGAGGCGGUCUCAAAACCAUUCCGAAGUCGUUACUAUCGGAUCUCAAGGACCGAGCUGCAGCUGAGAAGAGUGGUCAAGCGAGCACAGGAGACGAAGACGCAGAGCUCGACAGACAGCUUGACCAGGCUCUGGAACUGUUCAGAUUCAUCGAGGGCAAAGACGUCUUUGAGGCCUUCUACAAACAGGACCUGGCUCGCCGGCUCUUGAUGAACCGCAGUGCCAGUGCAGAUGCCGAACGAAGCAUGCUCACCAAGCUCAAGAGCGAAUGCGGUUCUAGUUUCACCCACAACCUUGAGCAAAUGUUCAAGGACAAGGAGCUUGCGCGUGAGGAGAUGAACGCCUACAAAUCCUACCGAGAAAACACUGGCCGCGACAAGAGUUCCGUGGACCUUAACGUUGAUAUAUUAUCUGCUGCGGCUUGGCCUACGUAUCCGGAUUCACGUAUUGGCUUGCCCUCGGAGGUCGCGAAACAGAUCGAGCAGUUCGAAUCAUACUACACCGGCAAACAUACGGGACGGAGACUGACAUGGAAACAUUCGUUGGCGCAUUGCACUGUGAAGGCGAAAUUCAACAAAGGUUCGAAGGAACUUCUCGUCAGCGCGUUUCAGGCUAUCGUCCUCGAGCUGUUCAAUCAGGUUGAAGACAACCCGGAUGGAUUUCUUUCCUAUUCUCAAAUCUCUGAAGCGUCAGGCUUGACCGGAAAGGACCUGGACCGCACACUGCAGUCAUUAGCGUGUGGCAAAGCCCGUGUGCUCACCAAGCACCCCAAAGGCAAGGACGUCAAGAACACCGAUACGUUCACUGUCAACAAGGCGUUUACAGAUCCAAAGUAUCGGGUGAAGAUCAACCAGAUCCAGCUCAAGGAGACAAAAGAGGAGAACGAGGCGACACACCAGAAGGUCGCCGUCGACAGGCAGUUCGAGACUCAGGCGGCCAUCGUCCGCAUCAUGAAGAGCCGCAAGAACAUGACACACGCCAACCUGGUGGCAGAGGUCAUCAACCAGACGAAGAGCCGUGGCGCGGUUGAUACAGCUGAGAUCAAGAAGAAUAUUGAGAAGCUUAUUGAGAAGGACUACCUCGAGAGAGAUGGCAACUCUUACGAGUACUUGGCAUAA